GAAUCGGUUAAUCAAUGAAACGAUUGACUGCCAACAUCAUUAAAUAAAACGGAUACACUACUUUUUAGGUCUUUAAAAUGGGCCAAAAUGCCCUCAAUUAGUGUUCACAAUACAUAUAAAGACAAAGGAAACGUUUAUACAGAUCUAGGUCAUGAAAAAGUAAAGUCCAACCAGGACAACAGCCACAACAACGACAUGAUGGCAGGGUUCACGUCAGAGAGGGCUUGUUUUAUGGAUUAUGAUGAAGUAGCAGAUGUUUUCAAAACAAGCCUUGAUGAUGGACUCACUGAGUCUGAAGCAAAACAGCGACAGAAAUUAUAUGGAGCCAAUGAUUUUGAGAUAUCACAGGAGGAACCAUUAUGGAAAAAAUAUCUUGGACAGUUUAAAGAUCCAUUGAUUAUGUUAUUGUUAGCUUCAGCUGUUGUCAGUGUUUUUAUGAGACAGUUUGAUGACGCUGUCAGUAUCACCGUGGCCAUUACAAUAGUUGUUACUGUUGGCUUUAUACAGGAAUACCGUUCUGAAAAAUCGCUAGAAGCUCUGUCAAAACUAGUACCUCCUAAAUGUCACUGUCUACGUAAUGGUAAUAUUGAGACGUUUUUAGCUCGUGAACUAGUACCCGGUGAUGUAGUAUAUUUAACUAUCGGUGAUCGUGUGCCUGCUGAUCUUAGAUUAUUUGAUGCAGUAGAUAUGUCUAUUGAUGAAUCAAGUUUUACAGGUGAAACACAACCAGUUACUAAACAGACUAGUGUUUUAAAUAAAAAUAAUGCUAAUGGCAUAUCUAGUAGAAAAAAUAUAGCUUUUAUGGGAACUCUUGUUAGAUGUGGGCGUGGUCGGGGUAUUGUUAUUGGUACAGGGGAAAAUUCAGAAUUUGGUGAAAUUUUUAAAAUGAUGCAAGCAGAAGAGGCUCCUAAAACACCUCUACAGAAAAGUAUGGAUACACUAGGAAAACAAUUAUCAUUUUAUUCAUUCUGUAUAAUUGGUGUUAUUAUGUUACUGGGCUGGAUCCAGGGUCGUGGUAUAUUAGAUAUGUUUACUAUAGGUGUCAGUUUGGCUGUUGCUGCUAUUCCUGAAGGUCUACCAAUUGUUGUAACAGUAACAUUAGCUAUUGGUGUUAUUAGAAUGGCAAAACGUAAAGCUAUUAUUAAAAAGUUACCUAUUGUAGAAACAUUGGGUUGUGUAACUGUCGUCUGCUCAGAUAAAACAGGAACUUUAACUAAAAAUGAAAUGACUGUUACACAAAUCUAUACAUCAGAUGAUUAUCAUGCUGAGGUGACUGGUGUAGGAUAUAAUGGAGAUGGACAAGUAAUAUGUGGAGCUGAUGAUUCUAAAGGUGGAAGUUCUACUUUAUCACGGGUGGUUGAGGUGGGUUGUGUAUGUAAUAAUGCUGAUAUUACAACUGAUGGUUUACGUGGUCAACCUACAGAAGGAUCAUUAUUAGCAUUAGCUAUGAAGAUGCACCAGGGGAAUGCUAGAAAUAAUUAUCACAGAAUACAAGAAUGGCCAUUUAAUUCAGAAACUAAAUAUAUGGCAGUAAAAUGUCAACCUAAAUCUGCUGCUAAUAAAGAAGCGAUGUAUUUUGUUAAAGGAGCUUUAGAAAAAAUAUUACGUAUGAGUACAAAGGUUUUAUAUAAUGGUACAACACAGCCUAUGACAGAAAAGCUUUAUGAAAAAUAUAUGAGUGAAGCUUCUCGUAUGGGUAGUGCUGGUCUUAGAGUAUUAUCAAUGGCAUAUGGUCCAGAAUUAAAUAAUUUAGUAUUUGUUGGUAUGGUGGGUAUAAUAGAUCCACCAAGAGAAGGAGUACGUGAAGCAGUAUGGACAUUACUUAGUUCUGGUGUUAGUAUUAAAAUGUUAACUGGAGAUUCAGAAGAAACAGCAAAGGCUGUUGGUGCUCGUUUGGGUCUUUAUUCAUCUGGUGCAGCCUCAUUAUCAGGAGAUACUCUUGAAAAAAUGGAGCUGAAUGAUCUACGUAAAAUAAUUAAUCAGGUCGGAGUGUUUUAUAGAGUCACACCAAGACAUAAAUUAAAAAUAGUUAAGGCAUUACAAGCGAAUGAUUGUGUAGUAGGUAUGACCGGUGAUGGUGUUAAUGAUGCUGUGGCGUUAAAAUGUGCUGAAAUUGGUAUAUCUAUGGGGAAAUCAGGAACAGAUGUCUCUAAAGAAGCUGCUGAUAUGAUUCUUGUGGAUGAUGAUUUUUCUACUAUAUUGUCAGCCAUUGAAGAAGGAAAGGGAAUCUUUUACAAUAUUAGGAAUUUUGUACGCUUUCAACUUAGCACGAGUAUUGCAGCGUUAUCUUUAAUAGCUUUAUCAACUGUUUUACAAUUACCUAAUCCACUGAAUGCUAUGCAAAUUUUGUGGAUUAAUAUUAUAAUGGAUGGCCCACCAGCUCAAAGUUUGGGUGUUGAACCAGUGGAUCAUGAUGUUGUACGUCAACCACCACGUAAAGUUCGUGACCCUAUAUUAACCAGACAACUUGUUUUAAAUGCUCUUAUGUCAGCAGUUAUAAUUGUUAGUGGAACAUUAUGGGUAUUCUGGAGAGAGAUGAGUGAUAAUAAAAUAACACCAAGAGAUACAACUAUGACAUUUACAUGUUUUGUAUUUUUUGACAUGUUUAAUGCUCUUGGAUGUAGAUCACAGUCAAAAUCACUUUUUCAAAUUGGAUUAUUUACAAAUCGUGUGUUUUUAUUGGCUGUUGGUGGUUCUAUAGUAGGACAGCUAUUGGUUAUUUAUUUCCCUCCAUUACAAGCGGUAUUUCAAACAGAGGCACUUGGUAUAUUAGAUUUUGUAUUUUUGAUUUCAUUAACAUCAACAGUUUUUAUUGUGUCUGAAUUAAGAAAAUGGCGACAACGAUCAAAUGAACAGAAGAAACGUUUAGUUAUAGAAAGUAAAUAUUACCCAGAUAAUUUCGUGUAGCAGAGCUAGAGAAUUAGGACUUAAUAUAUAAAAUGGACAUGUAAAUACCACAAAAGUGCACCUCAUUUGUGAUAUUGGUGAAUAAAUGUGCGAAUGUGUUGAUUGGAAAUGUGUGAUUGUUCAAUGUUAUUGUUAUUAUUAUUAUGUGAAACUAAAAGUUCCAAAUCCAAUGUUGUGUCUUAAAAGCGUCUCUCAGAUUUCCAUAUGAACAAAGUUAUAAACUGACUGGUUCUGACAGGUGUAUUUAUUUUGGAUCAUGUUUAAAGGUUGGGUUAUAAAUAUUUUUAAAAUAGUAUUGAACAUAAAGUAUGAACCAUAUUUUCUUAAAAUAGAUUUGCUGUAUAAAAUCUUCUCCUUGUCUUCCAAAGUUUUCACCUAAAUCAGACAAACGUUUGCAGACUGGUUGCCAGUCAUCUGAGUAUUUAUUAAAUUUCUUAAAGGCUCAAUACCACUCUUGUUGUAAUUGAAUAAUAUGUCCCAAUCUUUAUUCUGGUCAACAAAUUGCACUAUUUUACAAUAUUCCAAUUAAUUGAUGAUACAACUUUUAUCUUAACACACCUAAUUUAAAAAAUUGGAAAAAGCUUUUCAAAUGUGACUUGGAUUUAAAAAUAAUUUUGAACCCUCUGGACAAGUAAAAUAGGAUUUAAUGGAUAAUUUACACAACAGAUAGGACACUAACACAUCUAGUUCUUAGAAUAAGGCUAUUUUUUAUUUUUGGGAGCUGUCAAGCCAGCAAGAGUGUUAUUGUCCCUUUAAAUAGUUAUAUUAAAAAUAGUCCAUUUUCAAUAAAUGGAGAUUUGGCAAUCAUUUGGUAAUUAAACCCUGCAUUGUAUGUUUGGACCAAAAGUGAUAUUGCAAGCCAGUUCGCUUUCUCAAAAUUGAACAGCCUUGUUGAUAUUAAGUCUUAUUAAAUUUCACGUUACGAUGGCUGUUUCCUCGACAACUUUAUAUAUUUAUACAUUUGUUCAAAUAAUAGUAAAUGCUGCAUUAUGAAUAAAUAUUUAUUUUAUGUUACUAUUUAAAAUUUCUAGGUUAAAGUUUUUCUUGUAUUGAUGAUUAUGUGUGAAGAAAUUCUGUAAAAUGGAUUUGCCAAACUUUUAUUUAUUAUUGUGUUAGGCUUGAAGUCAAAAUAUCUUCUCAGAUUUUUUUACUGGUAGUAGAAAACAUAUUUUAGAUGGUGUAUACAAUUUUGUUUUUUGAAUUGUUUGUUAUUAUAGUCUAUGUAGCAUAAGGUGGUAAUAUUUAAUAUAAAACCUAGACCUUAUAUUAAAUCAUGUUCAUAAUAUAUCAUCUUUAGAGAUUAUUUCAAAUUGUGCCUAAGAUUGUCAUAUAUAUUAUAAUGAACCACCUAAAUCAAUAGUUCAGAAGUUAAAUGUAAUUGGGUGUUAUUAUCAGUAGACAUUGAAUAACUUAUGUAAAUAAAGAAAUUUUGUAUUUAUUCAUUAUAUGUGUAAAUGCACAAAAUCUCUAUCCUACUGUGUAUAUUUUUAUGAAAAACAUUCCAAAUUUUUCACCAAAUUAUUAAAUCACAUAAAAAAAAUAUUUUUUAAAAUUUGAUAAAUAAAACACCUUUCACAUAGCUAUAGACUGUGUAUUUUAUUACAAAGUAAUCUACUUUUUCAUAUGUUAAUGUCUUACCAUCAGAUUCUCUCUUUGAUGUAUUUUUGGGGUCUUUUAGAAAUACUGUUAGCAUGAGGGUAUUGUAAGAAUAGCACAAUUUGUUUAGUUUAGGAUAAUUUUUUUAAACACAAUUCGAAAAUAUUGUAUUUAAUAUUUGUUAGCCAUCAGAAAAUAUAUGGAUAUAUGACAUAAAACAAUUUCCUCAUUAGUUUGACAAUGGGGUAAAUAAUUAGCUUUAAUUAUUGGCAUAUUGAAACAGCCAUUUGCCCCAUUCAAAGUUUGAAUAUAAACACUGAAAUUAUAGAGUUUUAUUUAACUCUGUCUUGAGAAUUUAAAUGUAAAGUCUACACAAUAGGUGGGAUUCAAUUACAAUUUCAAACAUUAUUUAUGCUUCAGGCACAUUUUGUGUUUACCCUAUCCAUAGAACAUUAAAUAUAAGAUUUAGCCCGAAUACAUGCAUAGAUUGUUAUUUUUAAUUGAGAUGUAUUCCUCUAGUCUACUUAGAGCAAAAUCAAUUUAGAACGUGUAAUUGUGUUUUAAGAUACAAAUUUAAAACUUACAGAUCUGAUGUACAAGUAAAUUAUAUCCUAAAAUUAUAUUUUAUUUUAUAAAAAUUAAAAUCAUGCAAUAAUUCA